UAAAUCAAAUGUUUGCGCGUUCGUCUUGAAUCUGCACCAACACCCAUCACCUUCACCAUCCUCUUCACAGGAGCGCGCGCGCACAUCCGGCUGAUUAGUGGUAAAGAAUGGAUCGGUGGAUGGGAGGAGGAACAUGCUAUAGGCGGCAGGUCAAAAAUAGUUGAACAGGACGGCUUCACACCGACUUCUGGAGAGAAUCCUCCUAUACAUUCCCUCAAUUUCUGUUGUGGGAUGACCUGUCAGGUGUUACGUGCGUCUCGGUCCACAUCAGGAGCGGCGCACGGUGAUACGUCUGUGUGCCAACACAGAAGAAAUGCCAUCUCACCCAAGUGAUCUUCUCUGUCCUCUCAGAUUUUAUUUUCCUUAGCGGGUCGGGUCGCUCUGCUUUGUGUUUCGCUGGCCACUGAUUGAAUGGCUGUCAUAACUUGUGUCCUCAGGACUGUAACGCAAAAGCAGCAUGAAAAUCCUUCGUCUGGUCUUUGUGCGUCCUUUCAACCUCUCAUUAAUAUCACCGAGUAAUUAGUCUGGGAUUCGCGUUGAAAAUCCACCGAUUAAACAAUGCAAAGACCUUCAGUAUACAGACAUAAAAGAGAAAGAUAUUGCCACAUUGUGAAAUGGACACACUUUAUGUAAACAUUGCCAUGGGGAAGAACUUGGACUGAAGCACAGGGAGAUAUAAUAACACAGAGGAAGAGAGAGAGCCAUGGUUAUCACUGAUAGAAACACCAGCACCCCUCUUCCUAAAAAGGAGCCCCAGAAGAAGAAGAGGAGGAAGUCUCGCCCUCAUGGCCUGCCCUCUCCAGCGCUCUGCUGUGCCUGUGGCCUAUGCAUCAUGCUGGCUGGACUCAACAUCACUCUGGUGGGAGCAUUCGCCUUCAGCACACUGGUGCCUUCUGCCAACCCCCCAAUCAUCAUUGGACCUGUCCUACUGCUGGUGGCCUUUUCCUUUUUCGGGGCCUGUUGUGUGUGCAGUCGCCUCCCCCCUCCUCACAGCUCAUGCAGGGGUAAGAUGGGCAGCAGAGGAAUGGGGUUAAUGGGGCCCGGAGGGCUGGCUGGUGGGGCAGCGUUUGAAAUAGAGACCAGUGAACACACACUGCAGGAUACUACAGCUGUGCAGCUCAGUCCUACUUCCUCCCCUGGAUCCUCCCAGGCAUCCAGCCCAGAAAAGGAGGCUCCUGACACGACUCUACCGGGACCUUGCAAGCUCUUCACCAUGGAGACCAACAGCCCUUCAUCUGUUUUCACCGCAGCGGUUUACUCAGCCUCCACAGCAGCAGGAGGGGAGGUGAGGCUCAAUCUGCCACGUGAGGAAGUGGCCACCUAGCAGGGCAGAAUCUCUUCCACGGUGGAGCAUUAGCAGUGUAAAUAUCCUUCUGGGUCGAGGGCUUGCUGAGUGUGAUUGCGUCUUCUAGUUGUGCCAAAAGUAUGCUUUUGUUUUCUCUUACUGUGCAGCCAAUUGAUAAUUAGCAUGCUAAAUUAAGGAAACAUCCAACUAUUUGUGGAUCAUAGGUCUUGGAAUUCAAAUUUCUACCUCUCUUGUGCUGUUUUCCUACAGGUUGUUGUUUUUAAUGUGGGGCAUUAUGAACAGUUUUUGUGUAGAACUCGAACUAAGUGUCUGAGACCAUAAACAUUUAUCUGUCACUGUUACUCUGAUUGGUGGGAACCUCAGCUGUGGCAGUGAUUUGAGAGGGCUUGCCUGAAAAAUGUGAUUUUUUUCUGAAAUAUGUGAAAGGUCAAUAGUAAAAAAGUUGAAUUAUAUAUUCAGAGACAUUUGGUAUUUUGUGAGUCAUUCUCAGUGUUGAACUUGUUUUGAGGGCAUAAAAUAUUAUAGGUCACAGGGGUCCCUAAGCAAUAUUGUCUCAUCUGAAAUUAAAUCCUUGGCAUUUAUAACUGUUUUCACAAGCACGCGAUUACACAAUACUUGUCCAGUAAGUUUGUUAUCAGCAAUGGUGCAUAUAGAAAAUUGUGUUACAGUAUAUUUACAUGUAACUGUGUACAAUGUUGGGUCAUGGAAACAUGUAGUUUGACAAGCUUUUGCCAACACACCAACAUAAACACUGAAAAGUAUGUGUACAUUGUCAUUGAAGGUGUUCACAAAUUACAGGUACAAGGUCAUGUUGAUCAUAAUGUUUUCAGUAAUUCCUAUACUGUGUAAUGCGUAUUGGGUCAUGAGCCAGGUAAAAAUGAGACUUACCUCAAUGUAAGGCAAAAAAGUGUCCUGUUUGCCAUCAACAAAUUGAAUUUACAGUGGGGUCUGACACAGAAGGAACAUACUGUCACAUUGUUAUACAAAUGUGAGUGUAUAAAUUCUUGUUUUUAUGUCUCAUAUGACAAAUUUUACCUUCAUAUUCAGCAGAUGUUAACCACCACUUCGCCCAGUAUAUGGGCAUGCCGAGGCAGAGUUGAGAUAUUCAGAUUGCAUAAAAAAUAUCUGUCCCCAUCACUGUGAUGUCUUCUUGUUAGUUAUAAACCAGACUGGCCAAAAAAGACAUUGAAACCCUGAUUUCCUUUGAAAGGAAAGUUGCCUUAGUCUGAGAUAUCAGGAUCAAACUAAUGAGGGCUAUAUAAAAAUGAACAAUAGCAUUUUUCUUCAGAAGGCCUUUGUUUGGCUCUGGAUUCCUAUUCCAUAUUGUUAGGAAAGCUUCUACAGGUUUCUGUUUUUUGUGGAUAUAAUGAAUGCAUGCAAUGGCUUAUAAAUGUUCUGUCUCGGAAAUAUAUACAGUAUAUGGUGUAGCAGGGGAGUGCACACCUACAACAUCUACAGACACCGGACGGAGCGUUUGUCUAAUUCACCUUUAUUAUUUGGACUGGUUUCUCCGUCAAAGCUCUCUCUCGUGCCAAAUUAGAGUGCUGAGCUUAAUGUUGCAUGUUCAGAGAACUGAAUCAUGAGAAUACAGACACCUUGUUGUGAACUAUUGGUGUUAUCUGUGUAUUUUAAUUUGUGUGGCAAUUGUGCAAAAAAUCUGAACACUGUAAAGGACAGAAUAUUUUUGUGAAUCUUAUAAUUUUUGUUUUUUUUUUCAAGGUAACCAAUCCAAAUGUGAAUCCUUCAAAAGACAAAAAUAAAAAGGC